GCGGGAGAUUGCUUUCAUCGGCGCGAGGACUGCUUCGACGAUGAACGCGCCUCCUCGUAACAACUACACAUCUGCGUUCAACCGUCAGCCAGCUUCCCAGGCCAGCUCCAUAGGCGGCAGCGGUGGCGCACCGCAAGCUCCGGCAAUCACAGGAUACCCUAACUACAACGACGAACGAGACAAGUGCCUCAACUUUUUGCGCAACUUUGUAUGCUCACUUUCCAACUCGCGCAAGUAUGCUGACGUUCUGCAAGAGAUUGCCGACCGUCAACGGACCACGAUUGCGAUUUCUCUGGACGAUGUCUUGCAGUUUGAAAACGACGAAGGGUUUGUGCGCAACAUCAUGCGAAACACCCGUCGGUACGUGACGCUGUUCUCGGACGCGGUGGACGAAAUCCUGCCGCCGCCGUCGCGGGAUAUUUCCCAGGCCCACGACGUGCUCGACGUGUUGCGCUUGCAUCGUGUCCAGGAAGCCACAACCGACCCAGACCACCCCGUGGACAUUCGCACGAUCUUUCCCCCCGCGCUCAUGCGACGCUUUGAACUCCAGUUGAUUCCUGGAGUCAAGACCAAACCAGUACCCAUCCGCGACGUCAAGGCGUCCAAGGUCGGCAGCCUCGUGCGCAUCAAGGGCAUGGUCACGCGCGUGUCCAACGUCAAGCCGCUCGUGGUCGUGUCCACAUACACAUGCGAGUCGUGCUCGUUUGAAGUGUAUCAAGAGGUGAAAUCGCGCAAUUUCAACCCGUUGCUGCAAUGUCCCAGUGAAAAAUGCACGACCAACCGCACGAACGGCCGGUUGUUGAUGCAAACCAAAGCAUCCAAGUUUCAAAAGUUUCAAGAAGUCAAGUUCCAGGAACUGCCAGACCAAGUGCCCAUGGGCCACAUACCUCGGACAUUGUCCGUGUACUUGCGCGGCGAACUCACGCGGACAUGCGAACCUGGCGCGCUCGUGACAAUCUGCGGCAUCUUCCUGCCGCUGCCGUACAGCCCCAUGCGUCAAAUGCAAGUGGGGCUCAUCACGGAAACGUACUUGGAGGCCACGCACGUGAUCAACCACAAGAAGCGGUACAGCGCCAUGGACGCAUCCGAAGAAAUGGAGCACGAGAUCCAGCGGCUUCAAGACUCGCCCAACCUGUACUCGAUGCUCGCGCAGUCGAUCGCUCCGGAAAUCUAUGGCCACGAAGACAUCAAGAAGGCGCUGUUGCUGCUCAUGAUUGGCGGCGUGACCAAACGCAUGGAUGAAGGCAUGAAGAUCCGGGGGGACAUCAACGUGCUGCUCAUGGGCGACCCCGGCGUGGCCAAGAGUCAGCUGCUCAAACACAUUGCCACGAUCAGUCCGCGUGGGAUUUACACCACGGGCAAAGGCAGCAGCGGCGUCGGGCUCACGGCGGCCGUCGUGCGCGACCAGAUGACCAAGGAAAUGACGCUUGAAGGCGGCGCGCUCGUACUCGCCGACAUGGGAAUUUGCUGCAUCGACGAAUUCGACAAGAUGGAGGAAGGUGACCGCACCGCCAUUCACGAAGUCAUGGAGCAGCAGACGGUGAGCAUUGCCAAGGCGGGCAUCACCACAACGUUGAACGCGCGGUCGUCGGUGUUGGCGGCGGCGAACCCCAUCUACGGACGAUACAACAAGAAGCUCACGGCAUCUCAGAACAUCAACCUCCCCAAUGCGCUCCUGUCGCGGUUCGACUUGCUGUUUUUGAUCUUGGACAUUGCCCAGUACGACAAGGACGAAGCUCUGGCCCGCCACGUCACACACGUGCAUCGCUACGGCAAGAAUCCCGACAUGGCAUUUGAGCCAGUGCGGGCCGACGUGUUGCGGUACUUUGUCGCAAUCGCCAAGCAAUACGUCCCCAGCAUCCCCGAGUCACUUUGCAGUUAUGUCGUCGAAGCGUAUGUGAUGCUGCGCGCCGGCCAAGACGCGACCAACGACGCCCAGACCGCCAUGACGGCGCGCCAGCUGCUCAGCAUCUUACGGCUGUCGCAGGCACUGGCUCGCCUUCGCUUCUCCAACACGGUGAUGACAGAGGACGUGGACGAAGCCAUUCGGUUGGUGUACGUAUCCAAGUCGUCUUUGCACGAAGAAGACCAGAGCGGGUCGUCGCGCCACAAGCCGUCGGCGGAUGCCAACUCCAAGAUCUACCGCGUCAUUCUCGACUACACGCGGGACCGAAAUGAAACGAGCGUCAGUUACAGCGACAUUGAACCCCUGGUGCUUCGAAAAGGGUACACUCAGGUGCAGCUGAAGCAGUGCAUUGAGCAGUACGAAGCGCUGCAGGUGCUCCAGUGGAGCGAGAACAAGACGACGUUGCACUUUGUCAUGUAAAUGAUCAAAACGUAGAUUGCGGGCAGUUUGAAUUGGUUUUACAAUGCUAAUGCAUCCAUAACUUUAAUCGGAACGCAUCCACGCCAUUCAGAUAGUACUUGAGCAGUCGUUCGUCCUUAACAAACCCAAGGUUUUGGUACAGUCGAAUUGCAGCCACGUUGGUGAUCUCGGUCUCGAGCACGACUUCGUCGCAUUCGAGUUGGAUCAUCUGGUCGAUGGCUUUCUUCACGAGACUCGACCCGAUGCCAUGCUUUCGGAACGACUUGUCCACGGCCAGCAUGGCAAUGUAGCCCUUGAGCACCCCCGGACUCUUUUCCAACCGGCACACGAUCGCCCCCACGACGGUGCCGUCGCCGCCUCGGGCCAAGAUGCACAGUUCCGGCCAGCUAUAGAGGAAGUACCGGUAUGUGUACACAGAGUACGGCUCCGACAGGUCCUUUUCAAACAGGGCCAUCAAGUCGCCUAGCUCCUUCUCGGACUCAUACUGUGCGUACUGGAUGCUCAUCGCGCCGCUCGUUGCCGCCACCACUUGACUGACA